CUUGGAGCGUAGUACAGCGCUUUGUAUUGCACCAUUCCCUAUGUCUCUCGCAAAGCGCGGCUCCCGGUUAAUUCUGCAGCGUGCGGGGAAGGGAGGGAGGAGGGUGCUAGACUUGCUCGUUCACGGCAGCCUCACUUCUUUACAGUAUUUCAGCGAGAGUUGGCCAGCACUGGGGGAGUGAGCGGCAGAGACGUACAACGAAACGGAGGAAGCGUGCGUGUCCGCGUGGAUUGCACCACCGCAUCCUCUACGCUGAACAUGCAACCAGCCAUGCUUUGAACUGCCGCGCCAGUCCCACCCGCUUUCGGCAUACAUUGCAUUUUUAUUUUAUAUCGCUAUAUCGUCUACGUUUGCUCUGACGGUAGUUAAGAAGAGAUAGUAACAUCGGUGAUGGCAUUGGUAAUGGAACCUAUAAGUAAAUGGACACCCAAGCAAGUACUGGACUGGAUGAAAGGCCUGGACGACUGCCUCCAGCAGUACAUCAAGAACUUUGAGCGGGAGAAGAUCAACGGGGAGCAGCUCCUGCACAUCACACACCAGGAACUUGAGGAGUUGGGCGUCACCAGGAUCGGGCACCAGGAGCUCAUCUUGGAGGCCGUGGACCUACUGUGUGCAUUGAACUAUGGGCUGGAGACGGAGAACCUGCGAACGCUGUCCCACAAGCUGAACUCGUCCGCCAAGAACCUGCAGAACUUCAUCACUGGCCGACGACGCGGGGGCCACUAUGAUGGCAGAGCCUCACGACGCCUACCCAACGACUUCCUCACCUCAGUGGUGGACCUCAUCGGGGCAGCCAAGAACCUGCUAGCCUGGCUGGACAGGUCUCCGUUCGUCAGCGUGACAGAGUACUCACUGUUGAAGAACAACAUUGUGCAGCUGUGUCUGGAGUUAACCACCAUUGUGCAACAGGACUGCACUGUCUACGAGACGGAGAACAAAAUCCUUCAUGUGUGUAAAACCCUGUCUGGGAUAUGUGACCACAUCAUCUCACUGUCCUCUGACUCGCUGGUGUCGCAGUCUGCCCACCUGGAGGUGGUACACCUGACCAACAUCAUGCCCACAGAGGGUCUGGGGAUGUACAUCAAGUCCACCUAUGACGGGCUGCAUGUCAUUACAGGCACCACCGAGAACUCUCCUGCUGACCAGUGCAAGAAGAUCCACGCUGGAGACGAGGUCAUCCAGGUCAACCAUCAGACUGUGGUGGGCUGGCAGCUGAAGAACUUGGUCAACGCUCUCAGAGAGGACCCCAGUGGCGUCAUCCUCACCCUGAAGAAGAGGCCACAGAAUACCCUAACCUCUGCCCCCGCCUUGCUCAAGAAUGCUCGCUGGAAACCCCUGGCUCUCCAGCCCAUCCCAACCAGUCCCAACAGCGACUCCACCACCCCGACCAGCACCAUGGGCAUGUCUUCCAAGAUGGAUGGGUCCAACAUGCAUGAUGUCUUCAUCCUGUCCCCCGUUUCUGGGCUCUAUGGUGCCAGGGAUGAGAUGGGCAUUAUGUCAUGCGAUGACAUCAGCAAGUACGGCGUGGCCAAGUCGAGCAUGAAGAGCUCCGACUCCCCAAGCUACUACCUCGACCACGAGAGCGGCAAGUACUACACGGUGAUGGAAGGCGAGGGCCCGCCACUGGGCCCCGAAUACGACCGGGGCCGCUCCACCAGCGUCCGCCGGAGAGAUAAGACCCCCACUCACGGUGACCUCAGACCCGUUUCCAUGCCGACGGAGUACAACUGGAUGCCGGAAACAAGAGAGUCCCAUGUAUACAAGAGAGGUAGCCGAGACUCCGAAAGCUCCCUGCUGCAUUACCUGAGCGACGACAAGAUUCUGGUCAUCCAGGAGGACCCCGAUAUCCCCCGCGACUGCAAGCGGGACACGGGCCGGCGUGCGCGCAAGAAGGGCAAGAGCCCCAGCAGCCCCAACUACCCAAUCAGCCCCACCCUGCUGGCCUCCACUGUUAGACUGGACUCAGGACCCCCUGAGGGGCUACCCUUCCCACUGCCCGAAAAUAACACUGUGCCAUUUUAUCACAGAGCCGGGGACACACUGCGGCCAGAAGCUGACCGGUAUCCCAGCUCUGGCCUUGAGAGACAAGGUGGUGCAUCUAUGAGGAAGUCUUUUCAUUAUGCUUCCCUGAGAACUAAAACCAAAAAGAGGACCAAAGGUUCUUUGACAGUCGGAAGCCGCAGGCGUAUCUCCUGCAAGGACCUGGGCCACGGAGAUUGUGAAGGCUGGCUGUGGAAGAAGAAGGACGCCAAGGGCUACUUCACUCAGAAGUGGAAGAAGUACUGGUUCAUUCUGAAGGACUCCUCGCUGUACUGGUACACCAACCAGAACGAUGAGAAAGCAGAGGGGUUUAUCAGCCUGCCCGAGUUCAGGAUAGACAGAGCGAUCGAGUGCAGGCGGAAAUUUGCCUUCAAAGCCUGUCACCCCAAAAUCAAGAGCUUCUUCUUUGCCACUGACUGUUUGGAGGAGAUGAACAGGUGGAUGAACCGGCUCGGACUGGCAGCUAUAGGCUACACACCUGAUGACAAGGUGUCUCGCCCAGAUGAAGAUUACUGGAGCGAAAGUGACCAGGAUGACAUUGACGGGUCUAUGACCCUCAAGCAAGAAGGUCCCUCUUCACUGUGUGAAACAUACCACCGAACUCCCUCUGUGAACUCCUCCAGCCCCUUCCCGGAGUCUAAGCACGGACGCCAUUUCUCCAGCGAGUCCACAUACUCGCAGUCAUCGGCGGAAGACUCGCGGCCCGAUGUGGCAGGCAGCACUCACUCGUCUGGCUGCCGCUCCACGCACCGCGAGCGCCGGUCCUGGCAAGACCUGAUCGAGACGCCCCUGACCAGCUCGGGCCUACACUUCCUGCAGACGGUGCCGGCUGAAGCCGAGAGCGUAUAUGGGGCGGCAGUAACAGCAGGCAUUGGGGGCGGCGGGGGGCGUCUCCCCAUGUCACCCGAGCGCCGGCGCCAGGCCACACUGCCCGUGCAACGGCGGCACCACCAAGACCGCGAUGGACCCUUCCCACUAGCGGGCAGCGAGGAGUACGGGCCACACACUCACCGCCGUGCCCACAAGCAGCGUAGCCAGAGCCUGCCCCGGAACCGCGAGAUACGGGGCCCCAGGGGCGUGCUGCACCCUGCUGGGCCCUCGGAGGAGAAAAGUGAAGACGAUGAGGUGCCUUUCUUCAAGCACAAAGCCGAGUCACGGCACGAUGAGCGUGACGGAGAGGCUCCCGACGGGCUGCGGGAGCUGUACCGCUCCCUGGAGCAGGCCAGCCUGUCCGCAUUUGGCGAGCCACGACCCACCACCAAGCAGGAGUAUCGGAGGGCCUUCGUGAAGCGCUGCAAUGACCCCGUCGUCAACGAGAAGCUACAUCACAUCCGCGCCUUGCGUAGCACGCUCAAGGCCAAAGAAGGGGAGCUAGCCAUCAUCAGCCAAGUUCUCGAAGACCCCAAGUUGACCUCCAAGAAGUUCCGAGACUGGAAGCAACGGCACCAUGAGCUGUUCCUGGACAUCUGCGAGUUCGGGCCAGGCAACAAUGGCACCCCAGAACUCUCACCCCUGGCCCCACCCCUCAUGACGCACACCCAUUCCUUCAUCGAGACCCAUGUGUGAGAUGGCGGGGGUCAUGGGAAGAUGGGAUGGUAUGGAACCCCCCAUCCCAGUCUUCUGAUCCCAUCAGCCUCCACCACUGUUCUGACCCUCUUCACAUAUCCUCCACGCCCACCACCCUCACACCAAAAUAAUGACCAGUCAACCACUGUAAUAUGUGUAAAUACUGUACUGGGAGCAAACAGAAGUAAAUGCUUUGGAUUAAAUGAAGAACAGCCCAAAGGUGGCAUACUGCAUGUCUGAAGAAGAGAGUAUUACCCUUCAGUAGUCUUCUGAACUGGGAACAUAAAACGAAAAAAAAAAUGAAUGAACUACAGGAUAAUGGAGAUUAUAUUUUUAUUUGAUCGUUUUAUUUUUUACGUACUGUCUUUUAGUUGUAUUCAUUUAUUUUUUUAUUGUUUGAGCUGCAAGUAGAAGGAGCAAUGUAGCAGUAUGAUGGAAAAAAAUACCAUUUUCACAUGGAGCUUCUUCAUGAAGGCAUUUUCUCCUCGGUACUUCGGUGCCAAGCAUCGCAAACCACGGCUAGGCAAAAAUAUACGGGCAGAAACAAACGUUUUUCGUGAGGUAAUAGACGGUUGAUAGGAGGAAGACCAGACACGUAAAUCCGAUGUGAGAAAAAGAAAAGUCACAUGCACGCCUUAGAUAUGAAACUUCCGGGCAGUUUUCUGUUAAUUCUCACGUGAAAGUAAAACCUGCAUUUACCAGGAUAAAAAUAUACAAAAAAACCUUAAUGACCUUAAUUUUGCAUAGAAACAGCCACUGUUGAAAACUGUGAACUAUCCUUGUGAAUGCAAUCUAUACUGUAGAUUCUGUCUGCGGAAUCUUUCAGCAUAAUUUCCUGUUUAUAGAAAAAAAGUUUUAAAAACUUUAAAAAAAUGAAUGAAAGAAAGACCAUGCACAUUUUUGUUCUUGGUUACAUGUUGCAGUAACGUGCAGUUAGCUUAGGGGGCUAGCGGAGUCCUCGAUUUGGGCUGAACUCAGGUUCUGUGGUUCCGACCCCUUCUUGGUUCGGUACUCCUCCCGAUCGCUCUUGCCGGGUGUGUCGGUCACAUUUGUGCAGUUUUUGGGACCUGGUAACCUUAGCCAUGAGUGAGCGGGACGGCCAGGAAACAAAGGCUGGGGGGAGACGCCAUGUUGUAUCUGCGCGUUCGUUUUACUUGGGCUUUUUUAAAGCAAGGCAAGAAAUGCACUACGUAGAAUGCACUUUCAUUUACCGCAACGUGACGUGACCUCCAGGCAACGCGAGGCUCCCGCGAAAUUAAUUUGUUAUUUGCAUAGCAGUACUGUUACCAGUACUAAAAAUGUUGUUGACCCCACCCCCCAUUCACAGUCUGACUAGAAAAACAACGUAUUUCAAGUCUCGGUGUCUGCAAAUAUAUUCACUUUAACUUGCUUAAAAAGAUAUAUAUUUAAAAAGAAUUACUUAAAAAUAUUCAUAAUUGCAUAUUCAUAGAUUUGAAAUAGCAUCUAUUUUAAAUUUGCAUAUCAUAUUUUCAGGUAGCUGUUUUUGUGUUCUAUACUAAUAUUUAAUGUAGUAGGAUUAACCUGAGUUUAAACUACAGUGACUCCCUGUAUGAAGAGGGAUGAACGCUAAUCUGUAAACACACACACACACACACACACA